UGGACCCGAAUAUUCGGAUAUUCGGAUAUUCGUUCGUUGAGUAGGUAUUCGGUUUUUAAUUUUGGUAUUCGGAUAUUCGUUUUUUUUUUUUUUCUUAGCUCCGCCUCACUCUAACGUUACAGUUCCGUUCAGGUUAAUGGCGGUAUAUGAGAGGCAAAAUGCCGAGAAGCUCAGCUGUUUGGAAGCAUUUUAAAUUGAAUGCCGACAAGACAAAGGCAGUGUGCCAAAUAUGCGAUAUUCAGAUGGCAUAUCAUGGUGGCACAUCAAGCUUGAGGAAUCAUCUAAAUGCGGUAAGUAUUAUUUCUUGACGGUGUAAAAAAAAACAAGAUUAUUCCUGCUAGCAAACUUGGCUUAAAUAGUGUCUGCCCUGUUUUGCCAUGACGAAGCUGCUUAUGUCUGACAUUAACAGUAAUGUUAUACAUGAUAAUAACUUGCAGGCACUUCGAAACUGAUUUAUAUAAUAAAAUGUAAGGGGUAAUGUGGCAACACUAGGUGCUAAAUCACAAAAAAAAAAUGCCCAGUCUAUUAACAGCUUCCGUCUGUAUAGGUGCAUACCGUCUGUAUGGCUUCGCAGCCAUCGACAUCUUCAACCGACAAAACGACACAGCAAAGCCUCCACUUCCAGAAAGCAAUAACAGAGAAAAGAAAGAAAGAGAUAACAGAUGCUAUAGUAGAGUUCAUCGCACUAGAUAUGAGACCCAUUAACGUAGUCAAAGGCGAAGGCUUCAAACAAUUAAUGAAAAAGAUGGAGCCCGGUUACGUUCUCCCCAAACGCUCCAGUAUUUCACAGGCCUUGUCUCUGAAGUACAGCGAUCUCCAAGAUCAAGUUUCAGCUUUUAUUGAAAACUCCUCUGCAUUAAGUUUAACAACAGACAUUUGGACCUCGUUGAACAUGGAAGCUUACAUGUCAGUCACAUGUCACUUUAUAAAUCAGGAGUGGGAACUUUGUAACUUUGUAUUGGCAACCAAAGCAAUGGAGGUGAGCCAUACGGGCGUCCAUAUAGCGCAACUGCUUGGAGAAGUGGCGGAGUCCUUCGCUAUUCCAAAUUAUAAGCGAGUAGCAGUUGUUCACGACAACGCUAGCAAUAUGAAGCUGAGCACGGAAACUCUGAAGAAGGAACCAGAAAAAUGGGGCAACGUUCAAGGAGUUUUCUGCUCAGGACACACACUACAGCUAUGCAUAAACAGUGCUCUAAAACAGGACAGAGUACGUCGCACAAUUUCGGCUGCUAGGAAUCUAGUGGGACACUUCAAAAAAAGUGCGAAAGCUACAAUUGCCCUAAAAGAUAAACAAAAGCAGCAAAAUGUUGUUGAGCACAGUCUUACACAAGACAUCGCUACUCGUUGGAACUCCACAUGUGAAAUGCUUGACCGGCUGUUGGAGCAACGAUGGCCGGUGACGGCUGUUUUGUCAGAUCCCAGCAUUACGAAGAAAGGUGAUCGCACCCUGGAUCUGUCAACCGAGCAGUGGAAACUGGCACAAGAUUUAGUAGAAGUACUUAGGCCCCUAAUCACGCUCACGGAGGUGCUCUCACAGGAGGAGAACGUGUCAUUGUCCUCAGCUGUGCCAAUGCUCUUUAACCUGAAGAAACGCCACCUGUCACUCGAGGAGGAGGACGAAACCCCAGCCAUCAGAGAAAUGAAAAAGACCCUCAUCACGGAGAUCGACAACCGAUGGCAGCUUUUGACUAUGGAGCCCAAGAGCAUCUACCUCCUUUCUUCAGCACUGGACCAACGAUUCAAACAUUUAAAAUUCCUUCAAAAUGACAUGAGGAACCUCGUCUACACGGAGGUUGUCCAUCUGGCUGAACAUCUGCACCAGCAACAGGCUGUUCCAGGGGAGGAAAAAGAGCAGGCAGCAGGAGGAGAAGAGGAGCCCGAAGCACCACCACACAAGAAACGGAGACAGCAGGAGAUUUCAAUGCUGAUGCAGUCUGAUGAAGAAGAGGAAGAGCACAAUGAAUCCAGUGCAGCGAAAGAGAUGGAGCAGUAUUUAAAGGACACAACAAAAGUCCAGUCUGGUCCACUCACAUGGUGGAAACAAAACAGCGACCGCUACCCCAAACUAGCUUUCGCAGCUAAAUACUGCCUUUGCGUACCGGCCACAUCGACCCCGUCGGAGCGUAUUCUUUCCAAGGCCGGCUACAUAGUUAACAAGACACGAAGCUCACUUUUACCAGAAAAUGUGAACAAACUUGUGUUUCUUGCACACAACAUGAAGAAGGUGUAGUUAUACGUAUACGUACUUACAUAGUGUUACUGUUUUUGUAUUUAAAAUGUUAAUUUAAAGUUCUUUUUAGGCUUUCCUGUUAUUUAACGGCGCGACCUGCUAUUUUGUUAAAUUUCCUACACUCAGUGUUUUGUUUUUAAAGUGUUCUUUUCUGUGUUACUAUGUUAAUGGUGGGA